AUGGCGUUCGAGUGGACGCCCACAUGUGAGGAAGCCUUUCGGCACUUCAAGGAAAUCCUGGCGGCUCCACCUGUGCUCGGGAAGCCAAAGGACGGGGAGCCGUUAUACCUAUACCUCGCCAUAACAGGAGAAACCCUGGCCGCAGUUCUGGUGCGGGAAGAAGGGAGGGCUCAGCAACCAAUCUAUUUCAUAAGCACAGCCCUGCAAGGGGCAGAGUUAAGGUACAGCAAACUGGAAAAGUUAGCUCUAGCACUCUUGACCUCCUCACGAAGGUUAAAGCAAUAUUUCCAAAGUCACCAGAUUGUCGUAAGAACGGACCAGGGAAUCCGGCAAGUACUUCAAAAACCCGACUUGGCGGGAAGAAUGAUGACUUGGUCCAUCGAACUUUCCCAAUACGACAUACGAUACGAACCCCGACAAGCCAUCAAGGCGCAGGCGAUGGCAGAUUUUCCGGUAGAAGUAACGGGGGAUCCAACCGAAGAGACGAGCACACGGUGGAAGCUCCACGUGGAUGGAGCCUCCAACCAGACAUUUGGGGGUGCCGGGAUCAUCCUGGAAAGCCCGGUUGGGGUAGUAUACGAGCAGUCGAUCAGGUUCGAAUUUCCCAUCUCGAACAACCAGGCAGAAUACGAAGCCCUUAUAGGGGGCUUAACCCUAGCGGCGGAAGUCGGAGCAACAAGGCUGGAAAUAUGCAGCGAUUCUCAGGUCGUCACCUCCCAGGUAAACGGGAGCUACCAAGCCAAAGACUCGUUGUUACAAAAGUACUUGGAAAAAGUAAAAAACUUAAGCCAAAAAUUUGAGGAGGUCACGGUCCACCACGUUCCUAGAGAAAGGAACACACGGGCAGAUCUCCUAUCAAAAUUGGCCAGCACUAAACCGGGAGAAGGCAACCAGUCUCUCAUCCAAGGUAUGACGAGAGAGCCAGCGGUCACUUUGCACGUGUCAAGGCUGGGCUCUUCAUGGCUAGACCCUAUCACCAGCUUCCUAGAAAAUGGCAAACUCCCUGACGACGAAAAGGACGCGGCAAAACUGAGAAGGGAAGCAACCAAAUACGCGGUCAUCCAAGGACAGCUAUUCAAGAAAGGACUCAACCAGCCCCUGCUGAAGUGCUUACACCCCGACCAAACGGACUACGUCCUCAGGGAAGUCCAUGAAGGCUGCUGCGGACACCACAUAGGAGGUAAGGCCCUGGCAAGAAAAUUAAUUCGAGCCGGAUACUAUUGGCCGUCAAUGAUGGCAGACUCCAUGGAGUUCUUAAAAAAAUGUGUGAAAUGUCAAGAGAACGCCAAUUUCCACAGGGCACCGGCCUCCGAGUUAAGCCUAUUAACGUCCUCCCGGCCAUUCUCUCAAUGGGGAGUCGACCUUUUGGGACCCUUCCCAGUCGGUCCCGGGCAAGUCAAAUAUCUCAUAGUCGCCAUUGAUUACUACACCAAAUGGAUAGAAGCUGAACCGCUAGCUAGCAUAUCCUCAUCCAAUUGCAAGAAAUUCAUGUGGAGGCAGGUGAUAACGCGAUUCAGGAUUCCGGAAGUCGUCAUCUCGGACAACGGCAAGCAGUUUACCGACAAGAAGCUCACGGAAUUCCUCACCGGCCUGGGUAUAAGACAGAGGUUCUCCUCGGUAGAGCACCCCCAAACAAACGGACAGGUGGAGUCCGCGAACAAGAUUAUCCUUUUAGGGCUGAAGAAGCGAUUGGAUAAUAAAAAGGGUGCUUGGGCCGACGAAUUAGCCUCGGUCCUCUGGUCUUAA